CGGAGUAGUGUGUGAAUAAGAAACACAGUAGUAGUUAGUUGUCGAAAGUUCACCGCUGACAGUCAUCACUCACUCACUCACUCACUCAUGCAUACACCCACGGCAUGUCACCCACCAUCUGCACACACAGGCAUUUAGUGUAGUGUAAAAUCAAUGAAUUGUUAAUAACUCUAAUUAAUCACAAAUCAGAUAAAAUGCAGAUUGACACGCAUAGAUAGAUAGACAGACAGACACAUAGGAGGAACGCACUACAUACACACGCACCACACACACUCAAUCGAAUAUGCCGAAAAACCAUAGUUAGCACACAUACAAAUAAAACUUGCACACACAUUUAAAUGAGAGUGUGUAUCUAUUUAGAGAAUAACGAAUAAUCAGUGCAGUUCAUUCGUAAUUAUUAUUAUUAUUAUCAUUAUUAUUUUACUGGCUUUAAUGUGAGAAACUGUUAACAUAUAUAAAUACAGAAAUAUAUAUCCUGUCCAAAACAGCUGAACAAUGUUUGGAUUAGUUCUCUACAUAGUGCUACUAGUAGUGUUUACAUUAGGACAAUUCUACUAUUCCUAAUCAAUACAUUACAACAGCAUCACUUGCCUCACCACAGUCAAUUAUUAUUAUUACUUUAUCUCGUUCACAACAUCAUUGCUUAAUUGCUUUGGAUAAAAAUGAAUGCCUUGACAACGUACGGACAGAUUACUGAAACAUUACUGUUGUGAUGUUUCGUCUACAAAGCAUUACACAAACCACACAGAAUUCUACAGUUCCUAUAAAUUAAUCAUCUUGUAGAGAAGAAAUACUUCCUAUUUCGCUUUUGACCCUUUCGAAAAAUCACCAUACCACACAACAAACAUUCAUAUAAUUCUGUUCUUCUUCGUGAUUUAAUAUAUUGAUAAUGGAAAUGCGAAUUUCAUAUUUCAAUCCAUAUAAUUUAUUGAACAUAAUUUUAAAUGUAUUCAUGCGUGUUGGAAUAGUAUUCCUACUAUCCAACCGAGUUCAAUCGGACAGUCAGCCUUAUGGUGGUGCUCUGUUGAAAAUUGAAUGGGAUUAUAAUAAUCCUGGUUCUCUGCUGGAGAAUGGACAAGCAUGUGAUCGUGUUGGAGCCCCAGAAUGUGAUGUUUACUUCACUCUGUGUCUGAGAAAUGCAGCCUCUGUAACAACUGAGUGACUUAAUAUCUUUUGAUGAACAUAAUCGGCUAAUUUUAAUGAUCUUGUUUUCUGUAGAUUUAUUUUUAGGGGUUCGUUUGCAG